AACACAAUUCAACCACACUUUGAUUCGUUCACUUUAACACAAGUGACUAAAAACAAACAGGAAACUACUUUAAACGGAAACGCCCGAAUUCAAAUGAACCUAAACCGAAGCUUUUAUUUUGUCAUCAGCCUCGGCGCCGGCAGGAAGUAGUUUUAUUGUGGUGGGACGCUUCACGGCAUUUGAACCGACGACUUUCUCCUACCUGCGCACACUUCUCUGCCGCUGCGCUCCGCGCUGCUGUUUGUUUGUUCGUGCGGUUUGUUUGUUUGUUUGAGGAACCGAGCCCCGUCUGACCCAGAACCGGAGCCGGAAUCGGAGCCAGAACCGGGACCGAGCGGACCAGUGCGAGGGGCCAUGAGCGUCCAGCCCCGCAGGAUCCGGCUCAAGCCCUGGCUGCUGCUGCAGGUGGACGGCGGCCGCUACCCGGGCCUGCAGUGGCUCGAACCGGAGCACCGGCUCUUCCAGAUCCCCUGGAAACACGCCACGCGCCACACGCCCGUCUCUGAGGAGGAGAACACCAUCUUCAAGGCCUGGGCCGUGGAGACGGGGAAGUACCAGGAGGGCGUGGACGAACCUGACCCGGCCAAGUGGAAGGCCAACCUCCGCUGCGCGCUCAACAAGAGCCGCGAGUUCCAGCUGAAAUAUGACGGCACCAAGGAGACGCCGGUGCAGCCGUACAAGAUAUACGAGGUGUGCGAGCAUCCUGGGACAGCAGACGGCGCCGAGGAUGACGAGGAGGAGAUGCCCAACCUGAUGGACCACCUCACCAUCAACCCCCGGAUCAGGGAGCCGGCCGCCUUCAGCCCCUUCGGGUUACCCGGCAACGGGAUGUUCGGAUCCUCUCCGGUGAUCCCGGUACCCUGGCUCUCCAACGGUACCCUGGUAUCGGACGUCCCCAUGACCUCCGACCUCGCCGUGACCUCCGGCCUCGCCAUGGCCCCGGACCACCAGGCUCGGGGUCCGAUGGUGGAUCCGGGUAGAUUCGCCCAACCGGCCAAACUCCCCGAGACCCUCCAGGACCUGAACCCGCUCCCUUCCUCGGCGGCCUCCUCUUCCCACCCGGGUCUGGACCCGAUGGAGACCAGCUCCAUGGGCGCCGCCCAGAACCAGACCGACCCCCAGAACAACCAACCCUGCAAGUACGACCUGCUGAGCAGCAUCCCAUUAACAGAUCUGGAGCUGAGGUUCCAGUACCGGGGCAGGUCCAUGGGCUCCCUGACCGUCUCCAACCCCCAGGGCUGCCGGCUCUACUAUGGCCACCUGGAGCCCACCCCGGACCAGGUGGACCUGUUCGGGCCCGUAUCCCUGCAGCAGGUCCGGUUCCCCGGCACGGCCGAGGUCCAGAACCAGAAGCAGCGGCUCUACACGGAGGCCCUGCUGGACGUGAUGGACCGGGGCCUGAUCCUGGAGAUCGUGGAGCAGGACAUCUACGCCGUCCGCCUCUGCCAGUGCAAGGUGUUCUGGUCCGGGCCGGGCCUGCCGGACCGGGGCCACGGCCCCCCCAACCCCAUGGAGCGGGAGCGCAAGAUCCGGGUCUUCAGCCUCAACGACUUCCUGCAAGGCCUGAUCCUGUUCCAGAAGGGCGAGGCCCCGAACCCGCCCCCCUUCGAGGUUUACUUCUGCUUCGGGGAGGACUGGCCCGACAAGAAACCUAAAGAGAAGAAGCUCAUCAUGGUCCAGGUGGUUCCGGUCGUGGCCCGGAUCCUGACGGAGAUGUUCUCCGGGGAGCUGAGCUGGUCCACCGACAGCAUCCGGCUGCAGAUCUCCAACCCGGACGUCAAGGACCGGACGGUGGAGCAGUUCAAGGAGCUGCAGCGGCUCCUGCAGAGCCAGCAGAUCCAGGGGCCCUGGAACCCCAACGGGCCCUGAACCCCCCCGAUCCAGGGGCCCUGGAACCCCAACGGGCCCUGAACCCCCCGAUCCAGGGGCCCUGGAACCCCAACGGGCCCUGAACCCCCCGAUCCAGGGGCCCUGGAACCCCAACGGGCCCUGA